AUGUCUUUGAGUAUACAUACAAAUUAUGGAGAUAUAAAAAUAGAAUUAUUCUGUUAUGAGGUUCCAAAAACGUGUAAGAACUUCUUAGCUUUAUGUGCCUCCGGAUAUUAUGAUAAUACUAAAUUCCACAAAAACAUAAAAGGAUUUGCCAUACAAGGUGGGGACCCAACCAAUACAGGAAAAGGAGGAGAAAGUAUUUACGGAAAAUACUUCGAGGAUGAAUUCGAUUCAACAUUAAAGCAUGAUAAAAGAGGUAUUGUAUCAAUGGCAAAUAAAGGUAAACCAAAUACAAACGGUUCUCAAUUUUUUAUAACAUAUUCUAGACAACCACACCUUAAUGGUAUUUAUCCUGUCUUUGGAAAGGUGAUUGACGGCAUGGAUGUUUUAUCUGUUCUUGAGAAUGAACCGGUGGGCGAAAAAAACAGGCCAAUUAAGGAUAUUAUAAUUGAGACAAUAACAAUUCAUGCUAAUCCUAUAGCCGAGGAGGAAUCAUUGGACAAUUAA